AUGGACGACGCAACGGCCUUGCUGGUCAUCAUCGCGGCGGCUUUCAUCUUCUUCAAAUGGCUCACCUCCACUUCGCCCUCGCCGCGAUCCCAACUGCUCCUCACCCAGGGAAUGGUUGACAUCGUCCAGGCAAUGUUCCCACACGUCGACCCCCUCUCAAUCCGCUACGACCUCGAACGUACCCUCUCCGUCGAAGCAACAACAGACAAGAUACUCUCUACUGGUUCCCUCCCUACUCCUCCGCCAACAUGGACGCCGCCCGUUACCUCCUCCUCGUCGAGCUCCGCGGCCGGAGGUGAUAACCUGUAUGCACCGCCUCCCCGCACAGCACGAGUGCCGACGGCAAGGAUGGAUACCGAGACACGCCAUAACGCACCGACCCCGCCUCAACCCGACCUCAUCACAAAAUACAACCUCCGCUCAAAACUCGCCUCUCCUCCCUCCUUGUCCAAAGAUGGUCCACGUGGUUCCGCGGGCAAGUCUUGGAGCACGAGUAAAGAUGAACGCCAAACCGCCUUGCGCAGGAGACAAGAGGAGAUGAUCAUCAAAGCGCGGAAAGCGUUGGAGGAGAAGAUCAAGAAGGGGGAUUUGGGGGACGAAUAA